CUGCGUUCCAGUCUCAGUCCAGAUGAGAUUUACACUCCCCUUUCUCCCUGAGGCCUUGCCUCCCCUCCUUGGUGCCCAGCAGUUUUUCCAUUGCACCUGGGCUCACUCAGGCGUUAACACUGGGGAAGGGCCGUGUUGGCUCAUUUUAAGAUGGAUUCUUUUUGUCAUAUUUUUAACCAUCUGCAGUCACCCCUAUUGGUCAGAGGCCUUGUUUUUAGAAACUUCCCCUUAUCACGUUAGUGAUUCAUGGAACCCCCCUCCAUUCCUGCUGGUUUUCAAGCCUUUCUUUCCACCUGCCAGUCAGGGCCUUUCUUCACAACACUGAGAUUUCCUUAACCAAGCUUAAGCUAACCCCAGUUCUUUGAGUUUCUAUUAUCCGGUGCUGGGGAGAGCUGCCAAAGACAUGCCCAGCUCCAUACUCCACCAAUACCGAGAGUCACACAGGGCAAGAAGGGCCCGCCCAGUGUGACCGGGGGCUCCCUCCCAUCCGCCAGAACAAUCCCACUUUUGACCCUUCUUCAUUGUGCUGCCCCGGGACUCUGGGGCCCUGCAGACACGGGGGCCCCAGGUGUCCAGGGCAGCCCUGGUUCUCAGCAGAGAGGUGCAUAGGUGAUCAGAGGUGUUCACAGCCAACCGGGGGGUCUGAUUAGUGCAGGAGCUUGCCCAGGCCACGGCUCAUUCUACCAGUGCCAUGCACAGACUUUCCAGCUCACUCAGGGUGCAAAAUGCAUCUUGGUAUGUGACCACCUGGGAGCUGGGCUGGGUGAGAGGGGAUGCCCCUCCCCUGGCCUUGGGCUGCACGGGGCAUUGUGUGGGGAGAGGACAAAAGGUUUGCAUUUACAUGCUGCCCAGGCAGGGACACACAGGCUGUUUGUUCUGGUGCCCUCUGAGGAAUCAGAACUGGGAGUGGGGAGGAGAAAGUGGCUCCUUUCUCCUGCCAGCUCUGGUUGGGGGAAUAGCCUCCACACACAGGGUAAGGCCCGGCUUUUCCUGCCUACAGCAGGCUUGUCACUGUGGUGUCUGAGCACUGACCCUAAGUGCUGCAGGGCUCUUGGCCAGUGCCCAGCCGUUGACCAUCCGGUCUCUCGGCUGGCUGGCCAGAGGGUGGAUUGCUGCCUGGGAGCUGCUCGCACUGCAUGACAUAUGGUGCCCAGGGCUUUGCACAGAGUGAGUGGUCGGCUAGGACCAGCCAGAGACCCUAGCCGGAAACCUGCAAGGAUGCCUGGGUAAGACUCGAGAAGGGGGUCCCUGCUGGGGCAGAGGGAACAAAGGGGUUAGUGUCUCUCUGGUCAGGGCUGGCUUUAAGCUGAUUCCCCCGAGUCCUCUGCUCUGGGUCUUCGGCGGCAUUUCGGUGGUGGCGAGUCCUUUGGUGCCGCAGAAGACCCGGAGUGGACCCCCCGCAGCUGAAGAGCCGGAUCACUGCCAAGUAUUCGAAUCGGGCCCCGCUGUUCACAAAGCUGGCCCUGUCUCUGGACACGUCACAGCAGCGCCUAGGAAAGGAGGUUGAGGUUGCCGUAGUGCAGAGGACGUGGGAGAGAUCUCUCCUCAUGGCUCUUUUCUGUGCAGUUUCUCUUCACAAGUUGGUGUGUUUCCACUUCCUUGGCUGUAAGCUGCAGUGAAAGGUCAGGGCCGUUGUGUGAAAAAGGAAGCAAGUGCCCUAGGUCAGUGAUGAUGAGAAGAGGGCGCUGCUGAGAGAGCGUGUUGUUUGGAGAACUCCAGGCCCUGGUGCUGUUUGGAUUUGGGCCCUGAGCCGCUGGAGGGCAGAGAACCUGAGAUGACCCAGCCAGUCUCAUUCACCCUUUGUGUUCCGGAGAGCAGGGACGGUGCCAGCCCAGAUCUGAGCCUGUGCGAUGAGAGUGCUGUGCACAAUUCCUUCCAGCAGCUCCUGCAGGAGCAGAGCAUGGAAGAGCCGGAGCUGGAGGAGCUGGAGCUGCAGGAGCUGACCCUUGGGGGCAGAGAGAACCUGGCAGCUGGCCACACCGAGGCCUGGGAGGAGCCAGAGCCGAGGGGAGAGCACCCGGAUUUCUCUUCAGCCACACUGCUGAUCCUUGCCAACAUGCCCAGCCGCACCAUCGGGCGCAGCCGAGGAGCCAUCAUCUCACAGUUCUACAACCGCACAGUCAAGCUUCACCGCCGGAGCAGCCGGCCGCCGCUGCGCCAGGUGUCCCGUUCUGCACGGCCCAGCCUGCGGCAGUAUGACCUGGAGCUGGACUCUGGGCAUGCAGAGCAGAAAGACGCACAGAGCCUGCUGGUGAAGGAGCUGCAGAGCCUCUCGAGCAGCCAGAGGAGCCAUAUGCUGCAGGCGAUGCCCGUGAGCCUGGCAGAGAAACGCAGCCUCAGGCAGGAGUUGGGUGGACACAGAAGCACCCUGAGGAAACCCGACAGGACCAGGAGGUCUUUGUCCUGCUGUGGCCAACUCAAACACAUCUUCCUCACAGGGUUCCGGAGUCUCUGGGAUGGGUUCCUCUCCCUCCUCCACUCCCUCCAGCCCUGGCAUCGUUCCCUGAAGCAGAUCAGUGGCCGCUUCGGCUCCAGUGUCUUGUCCUACUUCCUCUUCCUCAAGACACUUCUCACGUUCAACGUCUUCUUGUUCCUGACCCUCUUGAUCUUCGUGGUAGCCACGCAGGCUGCGUACCCCCCAGCCGCCAAGAACAGCAGGCUCUUUACGGGGCUCGAGCUCCUCACUGGGGCGGGCUCCUUCACUCAGACUCUGAUGUACUAUGGCUACUUCAGUAACUUCACCCUGAACGACCCCUGCACCCCUGUCAGCAGCAGCUGCCAGCCCGGCAGAGGCCAUCUCCCAUACAACAUGCCUCUGGCCUACGUCUUCACCACUGGGGUCUCCUUCUUCAUUACGUGCAUCCUGCUGGUGUACAGCAUGUCCCGAUCCUUUGGCGAGAGUUACCGCGUGGGCAGCACAUCGGGGGACUUUGCCAUCAAAGUGUUCUGCACCUGGGACUACAAGGUGAUCCAGAGACGCUCUGUCAGGCUGCAGAACGAAAACAUCCGGACACAGCUGAAGGAGCUGCUAGGAGAGCAGCAGUCUAAGUCCCACCCAAUGAGCCUGUGCAGGAAGCUGGGCAGGAUGGUGAUUCUCAGUCUGGCCUGGGCAGUGUCCGUGGGCACCGUCUUAGGCUGUAGCAUCACAGUGUAUUACUUCGCCGAACACAUGCUCAAGGUGCACCAGGACAGUCGAGACGAGGGGAGCAGCGAGGUCCAGCAGGAAGCCCUCCUGCUGGCUCUGCCUGUGGUGGUGUCUCUGAUGAACCUGGUGAUGCCGUACCUGUAUAACCUGCUGGCAGCCUGGGAGAAGCAGGAGUCUCCAGCGCUGGAGGUGUACGUGGCCAUCUGCAGGAAUUUGAUUCUGAAGAUGAUUGUCCUGGGGCUGCUGUGUUAUCACUGGCUGAGUCGGAAGAUGGGAUACUCCACGGAGGACAAUUGCUGGGAGACGUCAGUGGGGCAGGAGCUGUACCGCUUUGUGGUGAUGGAUUUCGUGUUCACGCUCCUGGACACUUUCCUUGGGGAGCUGCUCUGGAGGCUCAUCUUGGAGAAGAAGCUGAUGAGGAAGCAGAGGCCUGAGUUUGACAUUGCCCGGAACGUGCUGGAGCUGAUCUAUGGGCAGACCCUGACCUGGCUGGGGGUUCUCUUCUGCCCCCUCCUCCCAGCUGUCCAGAUCCUCAAGCUGGUGCUCCUGUUCUACAUCAAGAAGACCAGCCUGAUGAAGAACUGCCAGUCUCCCAGCAAGCUGUGGUGCGCAUCUCACAUGAGCACAGUCUUCAUCACCCUCCUGUGCUUCCCCUCCUUCCUGGGCGCCGCCAUCUUCCUCUCCUACACCAUCUGGGCAGUGAAACCAUCCAUAGCAUGUGGCCCGUUCCGGAUGCAGGAGACCAUCUACAAGUCAGGGAAGACUUGGAUUCAAGAGCUGGAGAAAUCCAGCCCAAACAUCACCUGGUUCACCUGGAUCCACCAACACCUGGUGGAAAACACCUUCUUCCUGUUCUUUGUGUCUGGAGUCCUGCUAGCUGUGAUCUACCUCCACAUCCAGGUUGUGAAAGGUCAUCGGAGAAUCAUCUGCCUGCUGAAGGAACAGAUUGCCUGUGAAGGGGAGGAUAAGGUAUUUCUCAUUCAGAAGCUUCAGUGCAUUUAUGGGAAGCAAGAGACCUGCCCCUGAGCGCCAGGAGCCUCUUGGAAGAGCUGAAUGUGUGACCAGGACUUUCUCUCUGGCUGCAGCCUCCCGGAGCCGGGAAUGGAUCCUGGCCUCUCCGAGCCCCUUCUGAAUGGCCAGAGAAAAUUUGCCAGACUUUACAGGGCUGCACUGAGAGAUGCAGACGAGUCAAGGAGAAAGCCAGUCUUUUGCUGGUGCUGGACCCAGGCCCUGCCCAACAGCGGCACUGGCGCAUUAUCCAUGGGCAAAAACCUCUGCUCCUACCAUGUACUGGUGCUUGUAACUGUCUCUCCAGGGAAGGCUGCUGAGACCUUGCCUUCCACUGGGGCACAGGGUCCAGAAGCCACGCAGGCUGUCAGGCACUGCUGGAGCCGAGCACACCUGGUGCCAACAGAUUCUGAAAGUGAGGGCCCAAACCAGCUUCUCGUCUGACAGUGUGAUGUUUAAUGCUGCUGGGCCUUCACCGAACCCCGACCUGGCUGUCCCAGCAGCUGGGUGGUUUUCAGGAAGCCCCUCCCCUGCUUCGUUACUAUUAAAACCAUGUUCCCUCUU